AUGUUCCUUUUCGGUGGCGGCAAGUCCCCGCGCCGCCCGGGCGAGCGAGUGGCGCCCGCCACGCCUGCGCGGAUCCUGACGUCCUACGCGCGCACUAGCGAGGAGCUGCAGCUGUUCUUGGAGGACCUUGCCGCCUGCUCCCCCGCGAAGCACCUGGAUUGGGAGGAGGCCCUCGAGGCGUUCCCAGAUGGUGUCAUCCCCUCAGCCUGGUUUGAGCUCGGCGGCCGCCGCUGGCAGCUGACCGCGCGCACAGGCGCGGACGGGCGGCGCGUGCUGCACCUGGCCACCCCGCUGGCGGCGUCACCAGAGGCAGCGCGCCGAGAGCUUGCACUGCAAACACAGCAGCAGCAGCCCUCGCAGCAGCAGCAGCAGCAGCAGCAGCAGCAGCAGCAGCAGCAGGCGUCGCAACAGCGCAGGCGCGGGAGCGGGCGGCCGUCCAAGCAGCCGCUGCUGCUCGGGUCCGCCGCUGACGAGCCGCGCUCGCGCGCGCUGAUGCUGCCCGGCAGCGGGGCCGGGCCCACCCCGAAAAGCGGCAGCGGCCUGCGCUUCAGCGCUGACGGCCUCAACGGCCAGCUCGCCGCGGCCGGCUGCCGCACCCCCAGCAGCGGCAGCGGCAGCCCCUGCGCGGACGACUACACCCUGGCCGCCGCGGCCAACGGCGCUUCCUGGAGCGGCAGCGACGGCAGCGACGGCGGCGCCAACGGCAGCGGCGGCGGCGGUGGCGGCGGCGCGCACGGCAGCGCGGGCGCCAAGGCGCGCCGCAAGUACGUGCGCGACAUCGUGGUGGCGACCAACCCCGCCCACGACAGCCUGGGGCGCUACAAGGCGCUCAUCGCGCUCAUAGAGCACUGCAAGGCGCGCGCCGCCGCGCUGCGCCCGGGGCAGGUCGCGGACUGGGGCCGCGAACCCGCGCACUCGCUGCUGCACGCGAUCGUGGACGUGGGCGAGGCGCUGGCCGGCUUUGGCAACGCGCACUUCCCCGAGCGCAGCGGGGAGGCGCGCGCGGUGCUGGCGGCCGACUACAAGGCGCUGCUGUCAGAGUACCUGCGCCACCUGGGCGGCGUGCUUGCGCCGGGCGCGUGCCGCGGGGUGGCGCCGGAGACUGAGGCUGAGCUGCGGUCGGUGGGCAGUCUGCUGUCGACGCGCUGUGAAGCCUACAAGGUCCUCUACGACCAGAUUGUCAGGCACGUCGGGUCGGAGGGCCGCGGCGGCGGCGGCGGCGGCGGCUUUGGCGCGUCUGCCCCCUGCCUCAUCUUCAACACCAACUCAAACACCGUCGACGCCAGCCCCGUCACGACCAACACCAACACCGCAACCGCGGCCAGCAAGGCCAAGGCGCUGAACCAGGGGAUCGGCGCCGCGGCAAUCGCGGCGGCGGCGCUUGGCGCGGUGCUGCUCGCGCGCGCCGUUUUCCGCGGCGGCGGCGGCGGCGGCGGCAGUAGGUCGGGCUCGUCGCCCUCGCCCGCCUCGUCCCCUCGCCUCACGCGGCUGCCCCGCGGCAAGAACGGCCGCGAGAUGGCCCUGGUGUCGGUCCUGUCCGCCUGCGGGGACGAGCUGCGCAAGGCGGGCCGCAACGAGGCGCUGCUGCAGGACGACUGGCGGCUGGGGCGGGUGCGGCUGGCGUGGCCGCCGGCGCCCGCGCCGCAGGGGUACGCGCCGCUGACGGCCGAGGUGUGCGACGUGACGGGCGCGCUGCAGGAGCUCUACGGGCGCUAG